ACAUUUCAACGUACAAACAUAAUAAAAAGAAAAACACAUUCUCAAACAGCCAUCAUCAAACAACCUUGUUUUUUAGACCAAAAAAUGGCAGCUGCUUCCUCUGCUGCUGUAGUUAAUGGAUUAGGCUCAUCUUUUUUAUCUGGUGGAAAGAGGAGCCAGACACUGUUAUCUGCACCGGUUGGUGGUGCCAGCGUGGUAGUGGCUCCUAGGCGGUUAGUUAUCACUGCUGCUGCUGCUCCUAAAAAAUCAUGGAUCCCUGCUGUUAAAGGUGGUGGCAAUUUGGUCGACCCCGAGUGGCUCGAUGGCUCGCUCCCAGGAGACUUUGGGUUCGAUCCACUCGGUCUAGGCAAGGACCCGGCAUUUCUAAAAUGGUACAGAGAAGCAGAACUCAUUCACGGGCGUUGGGCUAUGGCAGCCGUGCUAGGUAUAUUUGUGGGUCAGGCAUGGAGUGGUAUCCCAUGGUUCGAAGCAGGAGCCGACCCAGGUGCCAUUGCUCCAUUCUCAUUCGGAACUCUACUCGGAACCCAACUCCUUCUCAUGGGUUGGGUUGAGAGCAAGAGAUGGGUUGACUUCUUCAACCCUGAAUCACAAUCUGUUGACUGGGCCACUCCCUGGUCUAAAACUGCCGAGAACUUUGCUAAUGCUACAGGAGAACAAGGUUAUCCAGGCGGCAAAUUCUUUGACCCUUUGAGCUUUGCAGGUACGAUCCAGAACGGUGUUUAUAUUCCAGAUACCGAGAAGCUUGACAGACUCAAGUUGGCUGAGAUUAAGCAUGCAAGACUAGCAAUGGUUGCAAUGUUGAUUUUCUACUUUGAGGCAGGGCAAGGGAAAACACCACUUGGUGCUCUUGGGUUAUAAGUAGGAAGUGAUUCAAUUGGUUAGCAUGUAAAUUUGUUUAAUUAGAAUGAUCCAUUGGAUGAAUAACUUAAAUUUAAUUA